UUUCAGAAAAUGAUGCCAAUUCGAGGAGCCAUGCGCGCAGCUUUAGCUGUUGCCAAAUUGAGUAUUCGAACUUCUUCUUCUUCUGCAAGUUUUGCGGUCGCAUUACCUCUGGGUACUCCAGUUGUGAAUCAGAAUCUGGAUAUUACCAUUCCUGACAAUAAGUUGUUGGCAACCUAUAUUUGGAUUGAUGGAACGGGAGAAAACCUUCGAGAAAAAACUCGAACGCUUGAGAACGAUCCAGGAAUGGCAGGCAAGUAUCCCAAGUGGAGCUUUGAUGGAUCAUCAACAUACCAGGCUCAAAAGGGUGAAGAUUCGGACAUGCAGCUGCAGCCUGUCGCAAUCUACCCAGAUCCAUUCCUUGGCGGUAAUCACAAACUCGUUCUUUGUGAGACCCUUGACGCCAAAAAUAAGCCCACCAAGAACAAUCAUCGUAAUGCAUGCGCCAAAGUGAUGGAAAAAAUCGAUCAUCUGAAUCCUUGGUUCGGAAUGGAACAAGAGUAUCUGCUCCUCGACAGAGAUGGCUACCCACUUGGAUGGCCUAAGCAUGGUUACCCAGCUCCACAAGGUCCGUAUUACUGUGGUGUGGGUGCAGACAAAGUAUUUGGACGUGAAAUUGUAAAUGCUCACUAUCGUGCAUGCCUCUAUGCUGGACUACACAUCUUUGGAAUAAAUGCGGAAGUGACACCAGGGCAAUGGGAAUUCCAGCUGGGCAAUUGUCGUGGUAUAGCAAUGGGAGAUGAGUUGUGGAUGGCACGAUAUCUUCUACACAGAAUAGCUGAACAAUUUGGUGUCUCCGUCACUUUCCAUCCAAGACCACAUGUAACGGCGGGUGACUGGAACGGUGCUGGAUGCCAUUGCAACUUCUCUACAGAUCAGAUGCGUGCGGAGGGUGGACUGAAGAUUAUUGAAGAGGCAAUGCCCAAGUUGGCUGCAACGCAUGCUGAAUGCAUUACUGUCUAUGAUCCGCAUGGUGGCGAGGACAACAAGCUCAGGUUGACUGGAAAACAUGAGACAAGCUCAGCUGAGAAAUUCACAUGGGGAGUCGCUAACAGAGCUGCAUCGGUGAGAAUCCCGAGAGGAGUUGCGAUUGCUGGCAAGGGCUACUUGGAGGAUAGACGUCCAUCAUCGAAUUGCGAUCCGUACCAAGUGACACGAAUGAUUGUUGAGAGCAUCUUCCUUAGAUAAAUUAUCUUAGUAGCGAUUGCUUAUUCUGUGGUUUUCCUGCAUAUUUCUUCUUCCUGAUGUAGUUUUGUUAAGGUAUCAUUCUGUUAUUAGCAUGUUAUUAGUAUUUCUUUAGGAUCUGGUUAUUGUUUAGCAUCGUUUGUUUUUCCAAACCGGUGAAAAGAGAUCAUAAAGCUUAUUGCUUA